AUGUCCGCCCCCGCCCCCGCCCCCAGCGCCAGCCCCGCCCCCAGCCACCACCUCAAACCCGUCGGCAUCAGAAACGAGCAAAAUACCUGCUACCUCAACAGCACAUUCCAGGCUCUGAGCGCUACUGCCCCUCUGACGGCGCUUCUAUCACAGUCACCACUCUCCCCACUGCGGCCUCUUCCUGAUUCCAUCCUCCCCUCACCCGAAGCGACCCCCGCCGAGAUCCCGUCUCUCCACCCGGAAACCCUCGAGCCACCCUUGUAUAAGACACUGCCCCUCACCCGCGCAUUCACAUCCUCCCUCCACGAAGGCUACCGCCGCAAAGACGAUGGCCACCGGAUAGACGCCGGCAAGCCCGAAGAGCCGAUGAGUCUCAGGGUGCUCUUGCGGGCGAUAAGCAAAAAGCAUAUACAGUAUGAUGGAUUCGACCAGCAAGAUGCGCACGAGUUUCUGAGACACUUGUUGAAUGGGAUGGAGCAGGAGGAAGUGGAUGUAAUCAAGGUGCUGCGGCCUAAGGGGCAGACCAAGGAAGAGAAGCGACGGAUAGCGGAAAAAGCCCAGGCGGAGGCUGAAGCUGCCGACAGCGAAACGGUGGAUGGUACAGAGAGUGGUCUUCAGCUGGAUAAAGGCUCGACGGUCGACUCUCCUGCCUCCCCCGCGAGGUUGGAUCCCGUCGCAAACGCCGUGCCUCAGGAGAAUGAUGUCGGUAUCGUCACAGGUCAGGCGAUCAGGGAAGAGCCUACUACUGAGCCUGCCACGGCGCAAGUAGAAGUGAAAUGGGGGAAUGGCGAGACAGCGGUGGAGCCGUUGCCAGAGGUCGUCGAUGGGCCUCAUCUCGUCCCUUUUGUGGACGUGAUCUUCGGUGGUCUUUUGGCCAGUGUCGUGGUUUGUGAAAAGUGCAAAGCUCUGUCACAUACCUAUGAAGGCUUCUUGGACAUUUCCCUAUCCGUUCUCGACAGUCCCCGCGUCAGAAAACGAGACAAGGUCAAGGCCUUUGCCAAUCGAUUCAAGCCCCGGGGCACAUCCAACAAUCGACAAGGUUCUCCCGACAUUGGCCAACCGCCUUCUCCGAUGCAGCUCCUCAACAGCGUCGUCUCGGAUGAAGAUAUGUCGGAUUCAGAGGUGACUGCCAAGGAAGAGUCCUUGAGGAAAAGACGAGAGAGUCUGGCGGUGAGUGAGAGCGACAAUGGGGACGGCGCUUCUGGGAUUGGACGGGCGAGCUCGACGAAAAAGUUUGGUGGGCUGUUUAGAAAGAAGAAUUCGAGUUCUCGUCCGGGCAGCUCUUCUUCCAGUCUGAACGCUCUGCCCCUGGACAGCGAAAAGUCUUCUCGGCCACAGUCGCCUCAUAUUCCUCAAUCAACGCAUCAGCCGCAUGCUCAACCCCAUCACCAUCAUAACAAACGUCAAGCCAAGCCCACGGCGGCUCAGGCUGCCUACAUUGCCAGGAUCCUCGCACCUGCGCAGGGUCAAGAGGCGAACGACCCUAUCGCGCGUCUUCGUGCCGCCCAGAGCGGGACCUCUACACCUGUCGAGCCUGCCAAGCAGGAGAGCGGACUGGAGCGAUGUUUGCGCGAUUUCACCUCUGUCGAAGUGCUGGAAGGACAGAACGCUUUUGCUUGUCAAAAGUGCUGGCGGAUCAAGCAUGGCCGGUACCUUCAUCACGAGGCGACAGUCAAGGAAGAGGAUGAGAGUGGUCAGACGCCUGCCAUGUCGACCUCUUCUGGGCCUCCUGUGGGUAGACGCCCCGAUGCCCGCACCACCUUGUCGGAAAACUCUGUUACGACCAUGUCGAGUGUUGAGUCUGGUACGAUCCCCUUCAGCCCUCGCGUGGCACCGCCGUCCAUCUCCAUCCAGACUGAUGUCGAAGACAAGUCCAGGCUGGGCCGUGGGGUGCAUCUGUCGUCGACAGCUUCUAGUGGAUCCUACGUCCGCUCCCGCUCUCCCUUGGGUCAACCAGUCGAUGAAGAAGAGACGCUUGUUGAAGAUAUGAGCCACGUCAACAUGGACCAGUCCUUCACCUCUCAAGACUCCAACUCGGGCUCCUUUAUACUCCCUUCCGAGGCCGGUCAGACCAUCGGGAGUGAUGACGAAGAUGCCGAGUCGGAUACUGCGUCAGAGUCGGAUGGGUUGUCGGAUUCAGAGACCGAGUCGGAGGAGGAGCACGAUGGGAAGAAGAAGAAGAAGAGCAAGCACUUUGUCAUGGGCAGGGCUUUCAAGAGGUUUUUGAUUUCAAAGCCGCCUCCAGUGAUGGUCUUCCACAUGAAGAGGUUCAAGCAGAUUUCUUCAUACUCUGCUAGCUUUUCAAGUUUGAGAAAAAUCGACGACUUUGUGUCAUUCCCAGAGCAGUUAGAUAUCGCGCCUUAUCUUGCGCCCAAUCGUAAAGACUACAAGAUGACUCCUACGCCAAAUGGGGCAUAUGCGCCAUUCAUGGACUGGCCCCACCCUAUGCAAGGCCCUGCCACGGAUCCAGUCUUGUACAAGCUCUACGCUGUGGUUGUCCAUAUUGGAGAUAUGGUUUCUGGGCACUACAUUGCAUAUGUGCUGGUCGACCCCGAGGUCAUGUUUGGUAAAGAAGCCUCCAAGACUGUGGAAGGGGAAGGCGAGCAGGCAGAGGAGCCUGCAACACCCAGGACGCUGCCGCAAGAUCGAAAGGGAGUGGAUAGGAGAGUUUGGGCAUUCUGUUCCGAUGAGGUCAUUAGAGAAGUGAAUGUCGAGGAGGUACUGAGGGCCAAGGCUUAUUUGUGUUUCUACGAAAAGGAGAACUGA